CUGGACUCAUAUGAGGACUCAGACUCUGCUGUUCGCUCUGUGAUCUUCUAGUGAAGCAGAAUCACACAGACUAUCUAUCACUGCAGGGAUGCCGCUCGGAGGAGGAAACAAGUGUGGCUGCUGUAAGAAGACGGUGUAUUUCGCAGAGGAGGUCCAGUGUGAGGGACAAAGCUUCCACAAGUCCUGCUUUCUGUGCAUGGUGUGCAAAAAGAAUCUGGACAGUACAACAGUAGCUGUGCAUCAGGACGAGAUCUACUGCAAGUCCUGCUACGGCAAGAAAUACGGCCCAAAAGGGUAUGGCUUUGGUGGAGGAGCGGGAACUCUCAGCAUGGACACGGGCGAAGCUCUGGGAAUCAAACCGGCUGGUCAAACAUCCCAUCAUCCGACCAACAACCCCAACCCGUCAAAGUUCGCGCAGAAGCUUGGCGGUUCGGAUGUGUGUCCUCGCUGUGGAAACGCCGUGUACGCGGCAGAGAAGGUGGUUGGAGGAGGAAAUUCUUGGCAUAAGAGCUGCUUCAGAUGUGCAAAGUGUGGAAAGAGUCUGGAAUCCACCACUGUAGCAGAUAAAGAUGGAGAGAUUUACUGUAAAGGGUGCUAUGCUAAGAACUUUGGACCGAAGGGCUUUGGGUUUGGACAGGGAGCUGGUGCUCUGGCUCACGCUCAAUAGAAACACACCUGACAUCGGUGAACCCAGGAGCUCAAACUAGUCACUUAACCACCUACAAACACCUCUAAUAAAUGUUAUACACACAUAAGUGCCAAUUUCGGUGCUCAGUAUGUACUAAAUCCAAUAAACGGGGUUUCAAAGGAA